UGCUCUGGAUCGCAGCCUUGGCAACUUGAUCUUAAACUGCUUUUCUAGGAAAUAUACCACUGCAUAUACCCAACAGGUUUUUGUACUCCUGAAUCUAGCCUGCAGACUUGCAGCCUCAAUGUCUCUUGUGAAAGAGAGCCCGUGUCUUUUGAAUGCAAUGAAGAGGGAUGUGGGGGGGGGGAGAGUUAGAUUAUCACAUGCUGGAAUGGAAUUUACUCUUUUCCAUUCGCUAGACAAAAUAGGAUUGCCAUUUCUUUUCACCGCUGCAGACUUUGCAGUUGCAGCCCAGAGCACAUAUCGGGGCCGGUCCAAUUGGCCUCAUUGGCACGUACUUCUGAUUAAAGAUGCCCAGCAACCGGUUGGACUUAACCACCGAAAAGGGGGCUGAAGCGAUGCCAGAGGAGCUUUAAAAUGCUACCCCAAAAAAGGCGGGGUGCAAGGCGAUUGAAAUGCACCGCUUUUCAGGUGCUGUUGUUUUUUUGCUCUGGAAUUUUUAUUUAAAUUAGUGAUCGCCCCGGAACUUCCAAGAAUAGCAAAUACGUAGCAAUACAGUAGUGUAAUUCUAUACCUGCUAACUCAGAAGGAAGGCUGCAAUCCCUAACACCAUUUGCUUGGGAGAAAACUACACUGAAUAGGGCUUACUUUUGAGUAGGCAUUAGUUACAGGCAGGUAGCCGUGUUGGUCUGAGUCGAAGCAAAAUAAAAAAAAUUCCUUCAGUAGCACCUUAAAGACCAACUAAGUUUUUAUUUUGGUAUGAGCUUUCGUCUGAAGAAGUGUGCAUGCACACGAAAGCUCAUACCAAAAUAAAAAACUUAGUUGGUCUUUAAGGUGCUACUGAAGGAAUUUUUUUAUUUGAGUAGGCAUUGUUAGGCUUGUCCGCCAAGUCACUGUGUUCAGUGGACCGCCUACUUCCAGAAAAAUGGAUAUAGAGGAUCGCAACCUUCAGUUCAGUCUCCUGGGCGUGUUUUAUCGGAAGUAGGUCCCACCGAGUUUAACGGAGUUUACUUCCAUGUAGGCGUGCGUUUGAGCGCUUUCGAGUAGUCUGGAAAACCUGCAAAGCGCCACAAGAUCCUCCUCCUUGCAAAAAAAAAAAAAAAAGCAGCGUCAGGGGGCACCCGAGAGGUCCUUAGCACCCAGGCGAAGAGGGAAGUAGCCCAGGCGAGUUCCUCCGGAGGCAGCAGAGACCGAUCGCGCGCGCCCACUUCGGAGGGGAUCUGCUUCGCCCCGGUUCCACGAUCGCCAGAAGGAAAGGCAACCGGGCCGAAUUGUGACCAUCGCGCAGGAAUUUACGCAGCUUCGCUGUGCCCCGAACUCACUUUCAGAAGGAAAGAUCGAUGCAGAAACGGAAUGGAACAGCCUUGUGAAUGAAUACACGCAAAACGGCUGCGAGCCAGAACUGAUCAGUCCAUCCCUAGAAGAUAGUCUUGCUAUUGGGAUGGCAGGCUGGUUCAAGGCACUUCUGCAGAAGUCCAGGAACACUUCCAGCUCCACAAAAUGCCACUUGAACAAUAUUUCUAAACAUUCGCCUUCACCUCCUCCGUUGAGUAGUUCCAGCACCCCAACAAGCAACUUGACAGCCAGCCCCAAACAGGUGCCCUCUGCCUCUCAGGUAAGUGUGAGCAUUUCAGGCAGCGCCCGCUGGAACAAGUUGUAUGACGUGUGCAUCUGCCACAACGAGGGCGACCUUGGGUUUGUGGAGGAGCUGGUCUCCUACCUAGAGAGCCAGCCGGAACACUUCCGUUGCUUUCUUCAGCCCCGGGACUCUGCUCCGGGGGGUGCCAUCGUCACGGAGCUGUGCGACGCCGUCCAGAACAGCCACUGCUGGGUGCUGCUCAUUACACCCAACUUCCUCAAGGAUCCCUGGUGCCGUUACCAAAUGCACCACGCUUUGACGGAGGCGCCCAUGGCAAACGGGCGCACCAUACCGGUGCUGAAGGACAUGGACCGCAAAGACUAUCCCCGGGAGCUCCGAUGCCUCUAUUACAUCAGCGUAACGCUCCAAGAUACCAGCUUCAGGCAAAUCAGAGAGACGGUGCUGCGCUAUCUUCAGGAGCUCUGUCAGAACAAAAGCAGAAUAGGCGAACCGGACAUCCUGCAACAGAAGAAAUAAAGGCUGGGCCAAAGGAACACCUCGUUGUGCAACUGGGAUUGGUGAAGAAGUCUUCGUGGUGCUCUCUCUCUCUAGUGGGCCUGGCCUCUCAUACCUUUUGAAGGGCAGAUCCCAUCCUAGUUUGCAGUUCACAGUCUGGAAAGAGCACAAACUGGUUACCAUUCUGGUGUGCUUUAUGCUCUGAUAGUCCUAACUGGAACGAUAGUGUUAGUUCUGCCCACCACAACCAUAGGGACACUAAUAUUAACACUUGGGCCGUGCUGGAAAAUAUUGCAGUGUGAGCUGCUCCAGCCCUGCCCUCCUUUAUGAUACUCCAUUCCAUUCCCUCUCAUCCCCCAAUUUCUCACUCUUUGCCACAACAGUAAUUCUGUGCCCAUUGUAGAUACCAGGUUCUCAUUGUGUCAAAUUUAGCUUCUCUCAACCCUGAAAGCAAACACUUGAGUUUCUUCUUUUUUUAAGUUUGUAUCUCCCUCGGUGAAGGAUUACCAUUUUUGCCCCAGAAUCCCUCCAGAAAGGUUGUGACUAGCCAGAAAUUUGAAAGAAGUCUUAUCUGACACAAGGUUUCAUCAUAGGCCUGACUGCUAAAUUGUAUCUGAAAUUUGGACCUUAUCUAUCACGCUUGGGUUGAAGGCACAUUCAUUUUCCCCCACUUGCCUUUUAUCAUAUACGUACAGCAGUACCUCAACAUCCGAAUGACUCGACUUCCGAAGGUUUCGACUUACGAAGUCGGCAAACCUGGAAGUCUUUUCGUCGCGUGCAUGUUCUGCACCUGCGCAGAAGUGGUGCGCGCGGUCAGCGCAUGCGCAGAAGCGCAAAAUCUCGCUUCGCGCAUGCACAAAAUGGAUGCUUCAACAACCGAAGGAUUCGACUUGCGAAGAGCGCCGCGGAACGGAUCGCCUUUGUAAGUCGAGGUACCACUGUACACCAGGGCAGUCCAACACGUGGACUGAGGGCCACACAUGGCCCUCGAAGCCCUUUUUGGCAGCCUUCGGCAACAUUUGAUCCCCCUCCCCUCUCGCUUCCUUCCCAAAGGAAGGCGGGAGGGCUCUGACGGGGUCCUAGCAUCUUCCUGCCUCCUUCCCAAAGGGUAGUUAGCAUACUCUCCCAGCUUUGGGAAGGAGGUAGGAGGGCUCUGGGACCCUGUCCGAGCCUUGCCUUGCACCUCCUUUCCAAAGCCCAGUGCAUUGGAAAGGCAGUUUGAGGGCUGGGAGAGGGCUGUCAAUUUUUGGCCUUGCUCCAUUCACCCUCCUUGCACCAUGCAACAAGGCAGUGUGUGACCUGCCGGUUAUGUGUCAAAUUACCCUUGCAGCCCAGUUGGUAUGAAAGGUUGGACCACCCUGAUAUAUACCAAGACCAAAUGACCUUAUGCUGCUGUUCAAGAUUGUAUAGGUGGGAAAACCUUUGCAGCCCAAAGGCCACAUUCCCUUCUAGGAAGCCUUCUAAAGGCCAAGUGUUAAUGAUGGCCGAGGGCAGAGGAAAAAGUGGGAGGAGCAAUAAACAAAAAUACUGUAUCACCUUUAAGCUAGUAUCUGCAGACUCUCCCACACACCCCUCUCUGUCCUCCAUCCAGGCAAUAAAAGGGGCAUUAUCAGAGUUCAAGGACACAGUUGAGCCAAGCAAAAACACAUGGGCUGUGAGGGAGAGGCUGUGAGGGGUGUGGCCUGGAGCAAAUUCUAGGGCCAAACAGAGAUGAGAGCCACAUUGGGGACACCCAGGCCUGACAUUCCCCACCCCUGACAUGUUUAAUCUAUUCUGACCUCUCCUUCAAUCCACCACAUGCAAAUUUGGAUGAAAAUAAUAAGCUGCGUUCUGCAUUUCUUCCCUACCACAUGACCUGGAUGAAUCGGCCAGUGAGUGGAUAGAGUGGGAAGAAAGUGAAUACUCCAUCUAAUACUUAACAAUUUUCUCGUCUGCUACAAAUUUUAGCCCAGGAAGUGGGGACCCUGUGGUCUUCCAGAUGGUGUUGGACCUCCCAUCAGCCCUCAUGGCUAGUGGCCAAGGAUGACAAAGACUCUAGUCUAGCACCAGAAGUUCUCCAUCCCUGUUACAGCCUAUGUAAUGGGUGUCUCAAAGUAUUAUUUGGAUGUUUAGUUUGUUUUGCAGGCCACUUCGCCAAGAAGCAGAGAUAAGGGCAGACUUUUUGCUGUCGGUGCCUAUUUUUGUAAUGUUAUAGAAUGUGAUUUUUGUUUGUUUAAGUCAAAACUUAAUUCAUUCACUUAACUUUUCUCUAAGUAAAUGUAUUUGGAAUAGACCGUUUAGUGUCGUCCUCUGUUGUUCUGGACAGCAUGGCGCAUUAACAUGAUUUUGCUUAGCAACCCUUAUGAAACCAUAGCAGUUUUGGUUCCUUUUUGCUUCUCUGAGUUGAAGGCCGUUGUGUAACACGGAGCACUGAGUAAUACCGAAAGCAACGGUAGAAACCUCAUCUUUUGACAAGGCAAAUCAAAGUCUUUAAACAAACCAAAACUUCAGAAUGUAGUUCUGGUGAUUCUCCCACAGAGCUUCCGACUGGCUUAAAAACAGCCCAGAUUUCCCUCUUAUAACUAAGGAACCUUGUUGGAAUGUCACGUGAUUUCAGGCACCAAACUCUUCAGAUCCAGCAGUUAUUUCAAACCUCCUCCACCCACCCUGUUCUAAUUCAUCACUGGCCCAGUUAAACCCUUGGAGCAACUAUAAAUGACAGAGACAACGCAACACACCAACCCUUUUAAGUCUGUAGGCUUGUG